ACAGAGAGAAAAAUUAACAUAAACUUUGUGCAAUUCCAAGAGCGAAAGCAGUGAUUCUCUGUAUUCCUUAGCCGGUUUCAGAGACUCACCGUCUUCAUCUUCGGAAUCCUCCGUAACGGCUCUGCUUCUGAAACUAGCUGAGCUUUACCCAGAAAAGGAUCCCCUUCUCUGUAUUCUUGCAUGGAUUUUUGAUAUUAUAUAUAUAAAAUAUUUAAUUCAAUUAUAAGUCGUUUGAUUUGCUAAAAAUUUGGGAUUUAUCGAAAUGGGUUCUUCUCUAACUGAUGGAAGAAUGGAGGGUUGGUUGUAUCUCAUUCGGUCAAAUCGGUUCGGGUUACAGUACUCAAGGAAACGGUACUUUGUUCUUGAAGAUCACCAUCUCAGAAGUUUCAAGUCAGUUCCCUCUUCAAAUGAUGAGGAACCUGUUAAAAGUGCUAUUAUUGAUUCUUGCAUUCGUGUCAUGGACAAUGGUCGGGAGAGCAUUCAUAGAAAAGUAUGGGCUUCAUAUAAUGUCUUCUUCAUAUUCACUCUGUCCAAUACCUCCAAUCACAACGACCAACUUAAGUUGGGAGCAAGUUGUCCCGAAGAAGCAGCGAGGUGGAUUCAUUCAUUCCAAGAAGCAGCUUUAAAGGGUGGUCCAGAACUAGUAGAUGAUGUUUUGAACUGUUCAAAGAGAAGAUGGCAAUCAUUUAGAUUGGGUGGACCUAGCAAGACAAGUCCCAUUAAUGUGAUAGACUGGACUAUAUGCUCUACACAUACAGAUCCUAUGACAUCCGAUGUUAUUGCGCCUUCUCCAUGGACAAUUUUUGGAUGUCAAAAUGGUUUACGAUUGUUUAAAGAAGCAAAGGAUAGAGACUCUCAUGGAAAGUGGGACGAUCAUCCUGCUAUAAUGGCUGUGGGUGUUGUUGAUGGAACUUCAGAAGCCAUCUUUCAAACACUUAUGUCUCUUGGUCCCUCGAGAUCACAGUGGGACUUCUGUUUUCACAAGGGCAGUGUGGUUGAGCACCUUGAUGGUCAUACUGAUAUUAUUCACAAGCAGUUGUAUAGUGAUUGGUUACCAUGGGGAAUGCAACGGAGAGAUCUAUUAUUGCGGCGUUAUUGGAGGAGGGAAGAUGAUGGGACUUAUGUUAUUCUCUAUCAUUCUGUCUAUCACAACAAGUGCCCCCCUCAAAAAGGCUAUGUCCGUGCCUGCCUUAAAAGUGGAGGAUAUGUUAUAUCACCCGUGAAUCAAGGGAAACAAUCAGUUGUGAAGCACAUGCUUGCUAUUGAUUGGAAAUUCUGGAAAUCAUAUUUACGGAGCUCUUCAGCUAGAUCCAUAACCAUCCAAAUGCUUGGGAGAGUUGCUGCAUUGCGAGAGUUAUUUAAAGCUAAACAAGGAUAUUCUUCUUCUGAAUUUUCAUCUGGAGAGUUGACAAUGAAUAAUGGGUCGUGUCAAAAUGAGAUGGACAACAGAUUUGACGUUCAAACAAUGACUAGGGAAGGAAGCAACAAGGGAAAUAUAGCUGAAGAAGUAGAUAAAGCACCAUCAGAACAUGCUAGCCUUGUUAGCCUGAAUGAUGCCGCUGAUGAAUUUUUUGAUGUUCCAGAACCCUCAGAUUAUGAUCAAUCAGAAACUGAUUGGGUGCCUGGUUUUGUUCCAGAGAUGCAUUCGCAGGAUGCACGUCCUCCAAAGUUAUCAACUGCUGCUGGUUUUGUGAAAAAAUUACAUGAUCUUGCAGUUCAGAAGAGGGGGUAUAUAGACUUGCAAGAGAUGGCAAUGGAAGAUAGUAUCCCCUGCUGUUAUGGGUCAACUCUUCCAAAAGAUCCAACUUGUACUUUGCCUUGCAGCUGGACAACAACAGAUCCCUCUACUUUCCUUAUUCGUGGAAAGAGUUAUUUGGAAGACCGUCAGAAGGUUAAGGCGAAGGGCACCUUAAUGCAAAUGGUUGCUGCUGAUUGGUUAAAAUCUGACAAGCGUGAAGACGAUCUUGGAGGGCGUGCUGAAAGCAUUGUUCAGAAAUAUGCCGCACAAGGUGGGUCAGAAUUCUUCUUCAUUGUGAACAUACAGGUCCCUGGCUCAACGACUUAUAGCCUAGCGCUUUACUAUAUGAUGAAUACUCCGUUAGAAGAUUCACCCUUGCUAGAGAGCUUUGUCAAGGGGGAUGAUGCAUAUAGAAAUUCGAGGUUUAAGCUCAUACCAUAUAUAUCCAAGGGUUCAUGGAUCGUUAAGCAAAGUGUGGGAAAGAAGGCAUGCCUCAUUGGUCAAGCUCUUGAAAUGAACUAUUUCCAUGGGAAAAACUACUUGGAGCUUGGGAUCGAUAUUGGAUCAUCGACGGUUGCCAGGGGUGUGGUUAGUCUUGUUCUUGGGUACCUUAACAAUCUGGUUAUUGAGAUGGCAUUUCUUGUACAGGCUAACACAACGGAGGAGCUCCCGGAGUAUCUUCUUGGAACCUGCCGCCUUAAUCAUCUGGACGCAUCGAAGGCAGUUCUAGUGAAUCAAUGACAAUAUCCCAAAACUUGAAGGAAAACAUAGAUAAUAUCCCAAUUCAUCAUACGCAUUGAAAGAGUGAAUUUAUCUCCCAAUACAUGAGACUCACCCCUAGCUUUUUGGUGGUGGUCAUCACAUUCACAUGUAUAGAUUGACAUCUUAUGAGGAUGAACAUUUUGUGCUCUGCAACCAUAGUUGCAGCAGUAGUAAGGUCAUUCUUUUAUUCAUAUAUUGAAAUUGGAAGGAAUUUACGGUGGCUGUAGAUAAAUAUUAUUGGGUUUGGGAUAGAACAAUCAACCUUUGUAAAGAUGACAUUUUCCAAAUGCCACUAGUGUUUUUUUUUUUCA